AUGUCCAGUUACAAUACCGCAGAAUAUACGGUAGGAUGGAUUUGUGCUCUCCCUCUCGAACGCGCUGCGGCAGAGGCGAUGCUGGACUGCAGACAUGGGGAUGCCAAUAGUAGCCAGUACACACUUGGCCGUAUCGGCAAUCAUAACGUUGUUAUUGCGUGUCUGCCGGCAGGCUUAACUGGAACCAAUGCUGCUGCCACUGUCGCGGCUAAGCUGAUGUCAAAGUAUACGUCGAUCCGAUUUGGUCUCUUGGUAGGCAUUGGAGGCGGGGUUCCAAGCAGAGAAUCUGAUAUACGGCUUGGAGAUGUAGUGGUCAGUCAACCACGUAACGGUUAUGGCGGAGUGGUCCAGUAUGAUUUUGGGAAAACUCGACCAGGAGAAUUCGAAACGACAGGUUUUCUCAAUACACCACCAAUGGUGCUCUUGGAUGCCCUUUCAAAGAUACAAGCGGAUCACCUUUCUGGAAAUAGCAAGUUCUUGCAGUAUUUACACAGGGUCACUCGCCAACUUGGGAUCACGCCUGAGAACUCCAACACUGACAUGUUAUUUGAGUCGAGCUAUGAGCAUGUGGAAGGGUCAGCGUGCGAGAAUUGCAACACCGAACAACUGAUCAAGAGAAGCCCCCCAAACCGAGACGUUGCUAUUCACUACGGUACGGUGGCUUCUGGAAAUCAGGUGAUAAGAGAUGGCAUAACUAGAGACAAAUUAAGCGCGAAGCUCGGAGGGGUCCUUUGUUUCGAGAUGGAAGCAGCGGGACUGAUGAACAGUUUCCCAUGUCUAGUCAUCCGAGGUAUUUGCGACUAUGCGGAUUCACACAAGAACAAGAUCUGGCAGCCUUAUGCUGCGGCAGCUGCAGCUUCUUAUGCUAGAGAAGUCCUGGCAGCCGUGCGGGAAGCUCAACUACCUAUAGCUCGCAUAGUCGAUGAUACUACAAAGACGGUAUGA